AUGUUCAGAGGCCGCGACCCUCCCCUGCUAGCGGGCCCCAGCGCCCAGCAGCUCCUGGCACGGCUGGCCGCGCGCCCCCUGGCGGCCCGAGCUGCGGCCGACGUGGCGGCGCUGGUGCGCAGGGCCGGCGCCACAUUGUACCUGCGCCCUAAGGAGGCUGUUAGCAUACUGGACUCUACAGACUUAGAGGUCACAGACAGUCGCCUGCCUCAUCCCAUUGCUGUGGGUCACCAGCCCCAGCAUCAUAGGUCAGAGACCCUGGGUACAUGUAGUGAAUCGCCCGGAGUGACCCAGAGUAAGGCACGUCAUGCUUCGAAGCCGUCCCAGACCUCUGGUCAGUUGUAUGUGGAGCUGGUCCGUGGUUCCACAGGCUUUGGCCUCACCUUAAGCGGCGGCGGCGAUGUAAGUGGGGACGCUCCGCUGGCCGUUCCUGGGUUGCUGAAGGACGGCCCUGCACAGCGUUGUGGUCGCUUGCAGGUCGGCGACCUAGUGCUCCCCAUCAACGGAGAGUCAACGCAGAACCUCACCCAUGCCCAGGCUGUGGAGCGGCUCCGCGCUGGAGGUCCCCGGCUUUGCCUGGUGCUCCACCCCCCUCUCAAGACCCAUCCCGGCAAGCCUGAGAGGGUGUGAAGGUCCCAGAAAGGAGGUGGUUUCCCAGGGGAGAGGGGUCAGGGAUCAGUGAGGAGAAGGAGAGAUUUGCAGAGAGGCUGGGCUUCUGAAUGGGAAGGGUUUGAUGGUCUCCGUCGGGAGGGUCCAGUGUUCCGUGUCUGCCUGGGGUCAGAGUAUUCUCAAAAGUGAGGACAGGGAGGGGCACAGGGUCCCAGGAUAGGGAAUAAAGCAGGGACAGGGAAGGGGACUGGUCCCAAAGAUAGGAAUUUCAGAAGGGAGGCUUUGGAGGUACUGGGAGGGGAGAGAAGGGAAGGGGUCUGGGGUAAAAUCUAGAGUUCAGAUGGAAGAGUCUUAGUUCUAGGAGAGGAAGGCAGAGUGGGUCCUAGCUAAGAGGAAAUGGAAUGGGGAUCCAGAAGGUAGGGUGUCUAGUUCUGAAAGACAAAGUUGUUAAGUGAGAGGGUUUGUGCAUCAAGGGAGGUGAGAUGAGAGAGGGGAGAGUCAGGGGUCCUAGAUGGGUUUGUCCUCCUUAGGUUAAGACUGGUGUUUGAUUUUCUGUGGAAUUGUGAGAAAUGAUUUCUUUUCUUUUCCUUUUUUUCUUUUGGAGACAGAGUCUGGCUCUGUUGCCCAGGCUAGAGUGCCGU